GAUGGAGGGAAUGAGAAGAGCAGGAUUGAGGGGAAAUGGAUUGGGAAUCCUACUGAAAUGAGGAGGAGGUGAACAAGGCAGGAGGUAUCUGAUUAGUUUUGUAACAGUAGCUGAGUUGUUGGACAGAAUCGGAGUAUCUAGCUGGCAACUGUAGGUGAAAUAUGACACCAGUAGAUGGCAGAAUGGAUGCAGACCGCCGUUAAAAUACACAAGCAGAAGAAGAAGAAGAAGAAGAAGAAGAAGCAACCGUUAGCGCCUGUAGCAUGGAUGUAUUAAGAGAACUGUAGCCCGUAGCCCCGCUGUCCGCUAUCUUCAGCGCCUGUAGCGCCGCUGUCAGCCUACGUUACCGCCUGUAGCUCCGCUAUCGCAGGACUAAUGGAGAAAGGGUUCCGUCAGUGGAAGGAGCAGUGUCUCAACAAGCUGGACAUGAGUAAGAAGGGACAGGUGGAUGAGGACAUCUCACAUGUGGUGUCUCUGCUCAACGGUUGCGAGCAGUACUUCACCACCAGCUCGUGCUCCGGCAGAAUCAUCCUCAUCGACGGGGCUCAGAAACACGGCUGCGUUUGGCUGUUUGUCUCACACCAGCAGUGCCAAUCCGAUGACUUGAUGAGCGCUGUGGCCCGCUCCAGUGGAGAUGCGGUGUUGAAGUUCGAGCCCUUCGUGCUCCAUGUUCAGUGCAGGCGGCUGGAGGACGCUCAGCUCACGCACUCAGUGGCCAUCAACUCGGGCUUCAGGAACUCUGGUCUCACUGUCAGCAAGACGGGGAAAAUCAUCACGGCGGUCCGCAGCACCCACGGCUUGGAGGUCCCUCUCAGCCACCAAGGAAAGCUGCUGGUGCAACAGGAGUACAUCAGUUUCCUGACUAAGAUAGCCAAUCAGAAGAUGGAGGAGAACCUCAGACGGAUCCACAGAUUCUACCAGAAUCUGCAGUCAGCGCUGCACGCAGACAACCUCCCAGCAGAACCACAAACGCACCACCCCAGUCAGGAGACCAAGAACCAAACAAGUGUGUACAAACGGAGGCGGAGGAGAGAACGGCAGCCUGGGACUGACUGUUGCCAUGGUGACGGCUCCAGCGUUGAGCCAGAGCUGGACGACUGUCUGGACCUGUUCACGUGAAGACGUUGACUGGAGAAUGGGGUUGCUCUUUUCGGAGUGUUUCAGUGCAGGUGAUCACUUUUUGGAGCCAAAAUCUCCCGGAUACGGGCACCAUCUUGAGUCCGCGCAUUAGUGAUCGGGCGGUAAGGCCGCGGUGACAAAGUCCCACCCAACCAAUCAGGAGUCAACUAACCCCAUACUGCAGCCAGCCACCUGGGGGCCAUCCAGAUGUUUUGGCUUCACAUACAGUCUGUUACUCUUGGAUCCAUCACUCAUGGACAGAAGAAUAAAAUCGGGAGAGUCACUUUGAUUUCCAUGAUUUUACCGAUGAAGCAUUCCGACAGUGCGAACUAUCACAGCAAUAAAUAGAGCUAAACCCAAAACGGGUUCAACUACAGCUCCCAUGAGGCUUUGCCUGUGCUUCUGUGGCUAAGACUCCUAUGUAUGCUGUUAUUUAAAUGACAAGGUGCUCAUUUAAAUAUAGACAAAAUGACAGAUGUUUAAACUAGGGAUGCACCGAAUCCAGAUUUUUGGGGUUUGGCCAAAUACCGAAUCCUCUUCCCAUCCUCAGUAACACACAGUAAACACAUUAAUGAAG